UGCACCUCUUAAGCCAUAGCCCCUGCCCUUCAUAGCCAUCAAUUAAAGCAUUUGACUCUGUCGCCAUGAACUCACUUCUCCGUCACCCAUUUCGGGCCUUCUGCUUCUUCUUCACCUUCAUCUUCUUCUCGAUCUCCCCUGAGUUGACAUCGUCGUACGAGUUGCUCAGCACGGACCUACAGAAAAGAUACAGGCAGAUACUCCUCCCCAACGUCACCGGCCCCGAGAGCAUAGCCUUUGACUGCAGAGGACGAGGGCCGUAUGUUGGAGUCUCCGACGGCCGGAUCCUCAAGUGGCUUGGGGCGCGCCGCGGUUGGUCGGAGUUUGCCGUAACUUCGCCAGGCAGGAAAAGAGAACUAUGUGAUGGAUCGACUGAUCCGAGGAUGGAGCAGACAUGUGGAAGGCCACUCGGCCUGAAGUUUGAUAACCGGACAUGUGAGCUCUACAUCGCAGACGCCUACUUUGGCCUUCUGAAGGCCAGAAGAGGUGGCAGCGGAGCGGCCGAACAACUGGCCGCUGGCUAUGGCGGAAUCCCCUUCAAACUUACCAAUGCCUUGGACGUUGAUCCACUCAGCGGAGAUGUAUACUUCACGGACAGUAGCAGAUUUUACGAAAGAAGGGACUAUAUAAUGGCGAUCGCUAGGGGGGACAGGAGCGGGAGGGUGAUGAAGUACAAUCGACGGACUGGUAAGGUGACGGUGCUGCUCAGCAGACUCUCGUUCCCGAAUGGAUUAGCCCUGAGCAAGGACAAUUCGUUCCUCGUCAUAGCAGAGACAGGGAAGAUCCAGCUCCUGAGGUUCUGGGUCAGAGGCCCGAGGGCUGGUACGACGGAGGUGUUCGCGCAGCUUGGGAGGUACCCGGACAACAUAAAGAGAAACCACAAGGGAGAGUUCUGGGUAGCCCUCAACAGUGGGAGAGGGAGUCUUCAAACAGAGGCAGUCAGCUAUGUCGCAGAGGAUGCGAUCCCGUGGUUCACUAAGGAUCCUGUGGCAAUCAAGUACGACCCCAAUGGAAGAGUUAUGGAAAUGAUGGACGGGAAGUACGAGAAGACGUUCGAGUCUGUUAGCGAAGUUGCAGAGUUUAGUCAGACUCUCUGGAUCGGGUCCGUUACGAUGCCUUACCUGGGUAAAUUCAAAGUCUAGGAAUUAUAGGGCAAAUAUGAACCUACUUGAACAUUCAUGUUUUCUCCACCAACUGAAACAUUAAUCUACCAGUUUAAGUUCCAUCAACAA